AGGAGGGGGUGCCCUCCGACGAGAGGAAAUCGAGAAAGGAAACCAAGGCCAGAGAGAAAACGACACGAUCGGUUCAUUCUGGUUCUCUGCCUCCACAUCUUUCCGAUCCGUCGCAUAGCCCUGUCUCCGAGAGGGCGGAUCGUUCGGGAACGGGGAGUCGCUGUCGUAGAACUCCAUCCAUGUCUCAGAGGCUAAAGCUUGCUGAUCACGGUGUCGGGGUUCUUGAUUCUGUGAGCAAUGCUAGUUUGAUGGAGAUUGAGACGAGAUCGAGGGUGCAAACUCCGAGUGCACCGAGUGUUGGAGUUAGGACGCGGUUGAAGGAUGUUAGUAAUGCUUUGACAACUUCUAAGGAGCUUCUCAAAAUUAUUAACCGUGUGUGGGGCCAUGAAGAUCGUCCUUCAACGAGCAUGUCCCUAAUCUCAGCCUUACAUGCUGAGCUGGAGAGGGCUCGACUGCAGAUCAAUCAGCUUAUCCAAGAGCAAAGAUAUGAGCAGAAUGACAUAAGCUAUCUGAUGAGGUGCUUUGCUGAAGAGAAGGAAGCAUGGAAAAGCAAGGAGCAGGAAGUGGUGGAGGCUGCCAUUGAGUCCGUAGCUGGAGAACUUGAAGUUGAAAGGAAACUUCGGAGAAGGUUUGAGAGUUUGAACAAGAAGCUGGGGAGAGAACUGGCCGAGACAAAGUCAUCACUUCUCAAAGUAGUCAAAGAGCUUGAGAGUGAAAAGAGAGCAAGGGAAAUUAUGGAGCAGGUAUGUGAUGACUUGGCAAACGACGUCGGGGACGAUAAGUUAGAAGUCGAGGAAAUGCAGAGAGAAUCCACCAAACUUUGCGACAGUACCAAGAAAGAAAGAGAGAUGAAGCGACUUGCCGCUGUGCUGCGUGAGGAACAGACUCACAUAGAUGCCUCGGAUUCCAAGUACGAUCUCGAGGACAAAAAUGCAGCAGUCGAUAAACUGAGAAACCAACUCGAGGCAUUCUUGGGGAUCAAAAGGUCGAAAGAGAAAGAGUUUGGAUCGAAUGACUUGAAUGAUGUAAAAUUUGCUACAUAUCUAAACAAAAACGGGAUACGUUCGCUUCAAAGUGAAGAAAAGGAGGAAGGGGAAGUCGUAGAUGGAGCGGACUGUGAAGAAGAUUUGGCUGACAGUGAUCUUCAUUCUAUAGAAUUAAAUAUGGACAACAACAACAAAAGCUAUGAUUGGAUCCACUCUUCUGGCAUUCCUCUUGAUUCCAGAAGACCUUCAAUAGAUGAUGAACUCAAGGCAAGAAAAUCUACUUCUAAGAAGGGAUCAAGAAAAAGCACUUCUCUACAGAGAAGCAUUUCUGAUGGAGUGGAAUGGGGAAUCCAAUCUGAAAACCAUCCAAUUUCAGGAGACCAUGUCUUGGAUUGGGAAAGAAGCUCUGUACUGGACAAAGUGGCUUCUGGAAAAGCUUAUGGAGAUCAUUUUCAGGGAUACAAUUCAUCAAAGAAUCUCAGAGACCAGAUCUUGUCUGGGUCGAGGCUCGGUUCAGUUAAAGUCACCGCCAGCCCAACAAGGCUGUGGGAACAAGCACGACCCUCAAGAGAUCUCACCGAUACAGUCCCGGAGAGAGCUUCCCUGGUGCAGGGCAAUGGUUUGAAGUCCAGGCUGAUGGAGGUUAGAGGCGACGGUCUAAGUUCGAGGAAGUACAAAUGAGAAUCCGGCAACAGGAACCGUCCGCUCUCCCGUGCUCGUUUGCAUAACUUAUGAGGCAAAUGCAACUCAGUGAGUCGGGAAAAGUCCCUUGUUUCGGGUUGAAGCUGUUACUUGCCAUCACUGGGAGCUGCUAAAAAGUUGCAGCAGCCCGCUGCUCAAGUUUCCCAGUAGAUAUAUAUUGUGAAAUAGAAGAAUGCUCAUGUUUUGUAAGUUUCUUGUAGAAAAAUCAAUGCUUUGAAUUUUUUUCCCCUCUUUUUUGGGUUUCUUCCAGUACAAAAAGUUCCUCAAUUUUCUUUCUGUUACUUGUUUCCUUGCCUUUCUCUUUUCAUGCAGUAGCCCAUCUGGAACUGGAUAAUAUUGAAGUGAUGUAUUUGGAAAAUUUCAACCAUAGAAGAGCUUUGUUUUUUCUCAGCA